ACGCCAGCCAGUCGGAGUCAGUCACUGACCAAGCGCACUAUUACGCUCUUACUCUGGGCCAUUACCACACUCCGGUGAACCCAGCGAAACAGAUGUGACGAUUCAUCUAAAAUUCAUCGAAAAAUGAAGCAAUAGAUCGAGAGAAUAAAAUUUUCAAAAUAAUAAAUUCAUCAAUAAUCGAUAUCCAUUAAUUUUACAAAUUCAAUCGGUUCCGCGGGAAGUUUCGAUCAGUGGUGACAAAGUUGUGUUGAAAUGAUAAUCAAUUGUUGGGAGUGAAAUGUGGAAAUUGAUGAUUGAAAAGUGCGAAACGAAGGGGAUUGUCAUUGAGAAGAAAUAUGGAUAAGGAAAUAGCGCUUGAUUGCACGGUGAGGAGCCAGGAGUCCAAUGUUUCGGAUGUAUCCAAGAACUCUGGAGGCACUGGGGACUCCAAGACCGAGAGCUGCAGGGAGUCCAAGCACUCCAAGGUGGUUUUGAUACAGAAUAGUCCGACGCAGGAGAGGAGAACUACCGAACGAGGGGAGGAUAAUCACCAGAAACGAAAAUUCCAGGGGAAAGAUGGAAGAAAACAGAGGAAUGAUGGCAAUGUUAUGAUGCUGACGUCCUGUGGACAGUUGUUACUCGGACUCGUUCUCGUGGUAUUCGGAGUCCUAGUGCUGGUCCACGGUGUCUCCCUGGGCUCGUCAGGUGCAGGCCUGUGGGCGGGAGCUGCUGCCCUCAUAGCCGGUGCCCUGGGUCUUGUGGCAACUCUGGCUGACACAACAUCAAGGAGAUCCCCACAAUCCAAUGGUUUCGCAACAGCUCAUCUCGCCUCAAGUCUCGUGGCCCUUGCCCUGUCCAACAUGUCCACAAUAACCGCUCUAACAGCAAUUGUCCGAGACCUACGAUCGACACCUGACGAUGUACUACUUCUACCAAGUGAAGACGGAAAAUUAGUGGAGAUAGAGAGCCAUUGGGGGGGACUAUUGGCAAGUAUCGGCCUCCUGCUGAGUAGUUUGGUAGAGCUACUUCUCGCUGGAUAUACGUGUGUCACACUGACCCCUAAACUCUGCGGAUGUCUGAGUGAACAGAAGCACGAGAAUCAGUUGGAUAAUGAGGUGGAUAUUGAUGCCGUUGGGGGAGAAUUCGACGGUGAUACCGGUAAAUUAAAGACGAGGAAUAUGGUUCACCAGUGGGUUAUCGCUCAAACCCAUACACCCAAAACGCCACCACCUCCACCGACCCCCUUUUAUGUCGUCCACCAGCCGAUGAUGCCGCUGCAUCCGAUGAUUCAGGCACCUUAUGGGGGUCCGCAUGGAAAAUAUCCUGCUCAUUAUAUACCCACAUACGGUCCAGUGCCAAUCAUUCCCCAUUUGAUGGCAUCCCCAGGCCGACCACCAAUGCAAAUGUAUCGCUCGCGGAGAACUCGUUAUCCACCGCUGGAGCACGAAGAGGCAUCGAUGGAUCAGCGACGUACCCGGGAAGGAAAAAAUCAGUCGACGAAGCAGAUGACUUCGAUCGACGAGGAUGAAAAUGUUGGUGAUUUGGCACGCACCUACACAGGACUCGAUAAAAAAAUAUCUGAGGAAUUUAUAUCGAUUUGUAUGGACCCGGAGCGCAAGUCCAAGGCGUCCAGUCAUCAUGGCAGUGAGAUCGCAGGCUCCAGCGCAGCGAAAAAUUCAUGAAAAAAAAUACUCAUAAGAAACUGAUGCAUUUUUUGUAGAUAUGAUAGUCGCCUCUGAACAAGAGGAAUUGAUUAAUUCCUUACGAAUGUAUAAUAUUAACGAUAAGUACUGAUGACGCAACUACUGCCCAAUUUUGUUGAUGAUUUUACUAUGACAUAAAAUUUUCCUAUGUA